CAAUACCUGUAGCGCCAUGGCGGACAAAUCAGAAACUACUGAACCGAAAGUUCUCGAGAAUAUUCUCCUCUCGCGAAACAUUCCCCGUUCACCGUUUGAAAGUUGAACAGUAUUGUCACAUUAUAGUGUUUUUAAAAUGUUUUUUUGAAAUAUUUGCAGUGUUUGAUUAGUGGUUUUGAGUUAAUUUAGAGUUAAAACAGUUUAUAGUUUAUUGUAAAAUCGCGAGUGAAAUGUUUCGUCUAAAUUAUCACCGACUCUUCAUCGUAUGUCUCAAGAUAGGCACGACAACCACCUGUUAAACAUGGUUCAAUAUUUCAUUAUUGGGUGAAGAAAUAUAAUCUCAAUCAAUUAUGCAAGUCAGCUAUAUAUAUAAAAACUACAUAAGUGAUAUUCUUCUCUCAGUGCCUAAAAAAAUCUGUUCUACACGUGUUGGGAGUCAACUUUUAUUCGGACAAGUAAAAUUUGGAAGCAAAUUUCAAGAACAUUUACAAUUUUUCACUGAGAACAAACAGAUGUCACGAGGAAGUGAAAAUGGAGCAUCUUACCGGAUCGAAUUCGUAGUUUUCAGAAAUGGAGUACUUCUUAUUGCUUUGACGUAUUUUGGAACACGAUCGAUGAGAAUAUUUCAUUUUGUUAUCUCUGACAAUCUCUGACAAGAAACAUUUAUUUGUUUAUAAUUAACGAACAAAUUUGGGUUAAAUUUGUCUAUUAUUUAAAAUCGACUUUUUAAAUAGAAAAUGAAAGAAAAAAAUGCUUUAAAAAACAAUAAUUACUACUUUUUAUAAUGAAA